AUGGGUACAGCCACUGUUGAUGUUAAAAACUCCAUAUAUGAUAUCGCUUGCAAUAGUUAUGAUACUCAAAUAGCUAUUGUUGAAAAUCAAGGCAUAUUUGGAAAUGUUGAUGAGUCAAUUGUUCAAAUAUAUGAUGUUGGUAGAUUUAAAAAUGAAGAUGUUGAAGAUGAACAUGAUGAAAAAGUUGAUUCUGAAAGUUCACGGUCAGAAGACAAAACCAGGUCCAGGUUUCUUUUGUAUAUGGAAGAAAUGAGAGCUGAAGGAAUGACAGCAGGAGGGAGGAAUGAUAAUAUUUCAAGUGGUAGCGGUAGCAAUAUCAGCUCCGAGAGUGUUGGUGAAAGUUCUCGUUCUGAUUCAAGGAAUUAUCUAAGUUAUGAUGUUGCUGAAAGUUCUCGUUUGUUUUCUUCAUCAUCUGAUUUAAGUAAUGAUCCAAGUUAUGAUCCUGGUGAAAAUUCAGACACAGAAGAUGCAGGUGCUUAUUUUUAUUAUAAAAUGUAAUAUAAUUUUAUUAUUUUAAUUU